UGAAGUGUUAAAAUGUUUGUUUUGUAUAUAAAAUGUAUUUGUAUUUUCUACUCUGUGCAGUCAUUCACCAUAAAAUCGAACACUAUACAUUUUAAACGGAGGAAAUAACAGGGAUCCUCGCCGCUCAGACACGUUUUAAAUGGACAGCACGACCCUACUGAAACAUUUUAAUAGCCUAAAUGGCAAAGACUUCUUGUUUCUUGUUUCUUGUCAGGCCUCAUUCUAGUGUUCCCGUGCGUGGCCGGUUCGAGUGGCCCGCUAUUGUACCACGGCAGCCGGAGGGAGGAAGCGCUACUUUGGGUGGUCUGACAGACCCCCGCGGCUCACAAUAGCGUGGUGCCCAAUUAUGAAGAGGACGUUUUUCUACUUGAAGGUUGUUGAUUUACGGCUCGGAGUUCAACCGCCUCCAAUUACCAUUCUGAGUGAAGCAGACAUGCACAUUCAGAGCGCUUUUCGUAUUAAAUCAUGAAAAGUGGGAGACCAGUUUGUUGUUAAGACUCGCUGAACAAAAAGACGGGCGAGACAGUCGAGGAGCAACACCAGACAGGAGGACCAAAAGAAGAGAGAGAUUGCAGUCUCCAUGUUCCAGCUGCCCAUCUUGAAUUUCAGCCCCCAGCAGGUCGCGGGGGUCUGCGAGACGCUCGAGGAGAGCGGCGACGUGGAGAGACUCGGUCGCUUCCUCUGGUCACUCCCGGUGGCGCCGUCCGCCUGCGAAGUCCUCGGGAAGAACGAGUCUGUCCUGCGCGCGCGGGCGGUCGUGGCCUUCCACGCGGGAAACUUCCGCGAGCUCUACCACAUACUAGAGAACCACAAAUUCACAAAGGACUCACACGCGAAGCUGCAGGCGCUUUGGCUCGAGGCGCACUACCAGGAGGCUGAGAAACUCCGUGGGCGUCCCUUAGGACCCGUGGACAAGUACCGCGUCCGGAAGAAGUUUCCACUGCCUCGGACGAUAUGGGACGGCGAACAGAAAACGCACUGCUUCAAGGAGAGGACGCGGCAUCUUUUGAGAGAGUGGUACCUGCAGGAUCCUUACCCGAACCCGAGCAAAAAAAGAGAGCUGGCGCAGGCGACUGGACUCACACCCACUCAAGUGGGCAACUGGUUUAAAAACCGGCGGCAGAGAGACCGAGCUGCAGCGGCCAAGAACAGGCUACAGCAGCAGGUUCUGUCCGGUGGCUCGGUCCGAUCGCUUGGGGACGAUGACACCACAGUGGACCGCCUGGGUCCCGCCUCGAGCCCAGAAGUCAGUCUCUCGAGCAAGGCCGCCACCUCCGCCAUCUCCAUCACCUCCAGCGACAGCGAAUGUGACAUCUAACGUGACAGGCUUCAAAAGAGCAAACAGGAGAACUGUAAGAGACAAUCUAACAACAACAAAACUUUAGUGCCUGCAACCGGCCCAGACAGAGGCUAAAAUGAAGUAUGGAAAUAAAGCGUCAAAAUAUCAUUUUCCAUUCGUUGAUGUGAUCAACAAAAUGCGAAGUGCUUCUCACGAAGAUAGGUGGGAGUUUUUGAAAAAAAUCUUCUGAGGGCCGAACCUAUUGUUGUAUGUGUGCGUGCUUUAUCAUGAAAAGACUGAAUAAUGUUUUACUGUUCACUUGUCUUUUUAAUAUAUAAACGAUGUUUAUUUACUUAUUUAAAAAUAUCAUCGGCCCCUAGGCCUUUUAUUUGUGUGCUUUUUUUAUUAUCAUGUUUGUUGUGCGUAAUGCUGCGCGUCGUGAAAUUUCUGGAAAAAAUAAUCAUGAUUUAAAAAAAAAAUAAAAUCACUGUUGAAUUAAG